AUGGCUUUUUUUUGCCCUAAUUGUCACAAUAUUGUUCUAGUACAUAUUGAAAACGGUGUUUAUUUUUAUUGCAAAUCAUGUACUUAUAGAUACAAAAUAAAAAAUAAAAUAUAUAAUAAGUUUGAUUGCCAAAAGUACAAUAAAACUGUUUCUUUAGAUGCAGUAGAUAUGAGUAAUAAAAAUAUGUCUAAAACACAAGCUAUUUGCCCAAAAUGUACAAAUGAUGAAGCAUAUUUUUAUAGUCUACAGAUCAGAUCAGCUGAUGAACCUAGUACAAUUUUUUAUAUUUGCGUUAAAUGUAACUUUCAUUGGAAAGAGUAG